UAUGAUCUUUUGUAAUUAAAAUUACCUUGACGCUCCGCUCUAGCCUAACUAUGGAAAACCAUAUUACUUGGAGAAGAAGUUGAACUGUACCGUUUGGAUGCAGCUGUGUUCCAUUGUCACUGUGGUCAUCUAGCAUCAACAUCAUUAUCUCCAUCAUCGCGGCUUUCAAAGCGCUAAUAUUGAUGAACAGAUUAGAAUUCCGUGAUCAAAUCUGAUCAAAAUGGCAGAAACAGAUGAAAACGAUGCUAUUUUCUCCUCGUCAUCGUUUCAACAACAGUCUGAGGAUCAAGUAUUUGAACCAGACGAAUUGAACCAAGAUAUUGACAGGAAAAUAGAUUCGAACAUUGGAAUUCAACAGGCAGACUCCAUUGACUCACAGAUUUAUGAUGACGACAGGCAGUCUCUAGACAAAGAGUCUAUUGACGAGGCAUCGGGAGACGACGUCUCGGUUGGCGCAGACGACAAUGUCCAUGAUGAUGAUGAAUUGUCGUUUGCUGCCAAUGUCAGACUGCAGAACCCGUAUUUUACUCAUCGUAUUUGUUUUCUAAAUGAAGACGACGUGAACAAAAUGGGGGAUGAGGAUGAUGAUGGAGAGCAAGUGAGUGAGUCUGAAUUGGAUGAGUCACUGCGCAGUCUAGUCCACGCUUACAGCUGUCCAUCACCCCCUCAUUCUUCUCAUCCUCGUUCUAAUACUACUGCAUCCCCGCGUCAUCAGUACCGACACCAGUCAAGUGGUGACUAUGAGCGCCGCAGCAUAAAUGGGCGCAAUUCGGCUAUUGGCACAAACGAAACCCAGAAUACAUCUCGUGUGCGAGAAAAGCGUCGAAUUUCUGCCAUGAACCCAAACGACAAAGGUGCCAACAACCAGGCUUCUUUUCCCUUAAUUCCAAAUCCGUCCAAGACGUUCAAUGACAGAGAACAUGCGAAACGGUUGGCGAGGAAGGGCUACAAGACACUGAUGAGUGCCACUUCGAAGAUUAUUUCGAACUACUUCCACGGUAAUGAUACGGGCGAUAAAAGUGGGAUAGCAAGAGAGGAGAGAUGGGAGGAAGGCCUGACAGAAGAGGAAAAGGUGGAGCUGAACAUCCAGCUGGCGUCCAGUUUCAUUGCAGCACAGCAGUUACUGGAGAAGGAGGCCAAGUGGGCUCUGGGUCAGGCAAAGAACAUGGCCAAGAUGCAGGUCCAGUUAGAGAGCCAGGCCAGAAGAACGGCUCUCAUCGUCAACCAGGUGUUAUAUGACAAUGAAGGAGAAAUGUCUGCGAAGAGUGUUGGUUCAGACGACAACUAUAGACAGUCUCUCGUUGAUGUGGACGUGAACAAACUACUUAAGCUGAAGCAGAGACUCACUGAGGAAAUAGCAAUUACAAAUGUGCAAUUGGUGGACGCGCUAGUCGUGAAAGACAAUCUGAGAACUCAGCAAGAGGAUUUGCUUGUAGAAAUCGAAGAUUUCACAAGGCAUGCUCAAAACCAACUUCAUGAGCUGCAACUGCUAAAGGCUUCUUCAAAAACCUCAUACGAAAAUUGAAAAAUAUUUGAACAAAUCAAGAGUGCUGCUAGUCAUUUCCACACAUUCUUUUUAGAUUGAAUAUUUCUUCUAUACAAAUUGAACGCCCAGGCAUGAUGAAAAUUAUUUAAAUUUUAGUAAAUGAUUUGAUUGAAAUAACUUUGAAUAGAAUAAAAAAGCGAAUUGUCAAAUGCGUAGUUUUCAAUCUAUUUCAGAAUAAUGAUACUUUUGAACGUGAAAAAUUUAAUUUAAUUAUUGAAAUCUUC